GUAUUUUAUUCGCAACGUGCGGUUCUUCCAGUUUCUCGGCGCCUCGGCGGUGCCCGCGCAGCGAUCGAGGGGAAAUUCCUGAGAGUUAAAUUCGUUGAAUCUUACCAUCUUGUUUGUUAUGAUUGGAUCCAUUUGCCCUUGCAUGCUUGAUUUUGCAGGUGUGGGCGAAGGGGAAGCCUCGAAGUGCAAAGCCGCCCCUGCUUGCACGCGAUGUGUUCGGUGAAAUGCCUCUGGGACGCACAGGUGUCAUUUCCCGAGGAAGCUCUGUUCUCGUAACAUUUUGAGGGAGAUGCACAUUGCCAGUGGUGCUACUACAGAUUACUGAACCAUAGGCGCUCUAUGCUGUGAAAAGUUAUGCCAACACGGUGCACAACCUACAAACAGGGCAGCUAAAAUUUCAAUCAAAUGGAUCAGGAGCACCUUCUGACAUUGAAUGCUUGCACGUCAUGGAAUGUGGUUAAUGUGAUCAACUGAUCAUCCAUGUGCUGAUGGGAUCUUUAAGUAGCUGCUUUGUGUCCAUCACCCUAUCUGUCAACAUCGUAGAGUUCUUCACCAUAUCAACUUUGAGGUGUUUCAGAUUCUUUUUAUUUGGUUGCUGUCAUAGUUAGUGGAGACAAUGGGGAUAUCCAGGCAAGGAAUCUGAAGAGUAUGUAACUUCUACUCACGCGCAUCAAAAUUUCAGUAUCUCAUCUUUUACUGCCUGCUUAUCUGGUGAGAUAUUAUAAGAGGGAGGACUCAGUAAACUCCUCUAAAAAAUGGUUCGAAGUAAACCAUUUCAAUUAUUCAGCUCAGUACGCAAAACAAUGAGGCUGGCUUUAGAAGGGGUUGACCAGGACUGCUCUGUCAAAGAGCAGAAUGUCCUUAACAUCAGCACUGCCUGCUUGCAAAUUAUAUGCUUACAUGGUAUGUCUCUUGCUCUCUUCAUUAGUCAUUACAAAACAGUGUUCGUAGAGAUGCAUACUUAGAUCCAUGCUAUUGUUGCCCAAAUAGAAAAAAAAAAUUAUGAUUAACAUCGUAACAUGUUCUGUAGAAUUAAUGGGUAUGGAAGCAUUAUCAGUAUAUACCAUUGAUAGACUAGCUAGCUGAUUCGCCCCUCCUUCCAGAAAACAGAGAAGUGAUUGGUUGAAUGUACUCAUGAAAGUCGCAAACCAAGGACCACUAUGGAGGCUUCACCUUAAGAUAUGCAUAUCUAACACUGGAAACUAUGUUCAUGCAUUGGCUGGCAAUGGCACAUACAUGGUUGGUUUUGUCAAAGUGCAUUGCAUGACAAGAUCUCAUACGAUUUGAUCUCUGGGUUCUAGGAAUGCCUAAGAUGCAUGCAAAGUUUACUUCUAGAAAAACCCAAAUAAAAAAAAGAUAAUAUUAGAAGUAUAUACACUAUUUCCCUUUUUUUCUUCAUUGUCCUGAAAAGAUUGGUGGCAAUCAUUCCAACAGUAGUGACAGAACUCAUAAAAAUAGCCCUGUACAAUGUAAGGUGUCCCCCUUGUACAUUCAGUCAUUCACUUCCCCUUAUAUAUAGGGGAGAGACUAGAGAGGGACCCUCACCCUGAGCUCAUUGAGGUGGCCAAAUAGGUUCUGAUCACACCUUUCUCCUCCUCCAUGCUUACUACACUGGCACUGUAGUGCAUGCAAGAGGAGAGGCAAAAAGAUGAUGAUGUCCUUAGCAGCUUAGGUUGUGGCUACCUAGCUCUUCAACUAGCUUCUUCCCAGAAUCCACAUAGAGAGGCAGAGCUAUAUAGCAGAGUAGGAAGAUACAUACACACACAUAUGCAUAUAAUUCCUAGCUCUAGCUGGUGCUAGCUCCAUAGGAGAUGUGUCCAUUCCAUUGCAGUGCCACGAGCUCGCUAGCUAGCUGCUAGCUCUUCGUUUCCAAGAGUAGUGUUUGUUUCCAAGAGGCCAGAGUGAUCGAUCGAGCUUAGCUCAUCGGUUCUUGGGCCAUCGAUCGAUCGACCGAUCAUGCAGGGGCAGCAGAAGCAGAAUGCAGGUGGUGGUGGUGGUGACAAUGCGAGCCCUUGCAUUGUGCUGGAUGGGCCCAUCAUCGUCGGCGCCGGGCCGUCGGGGCUGGCCGUGGCGGCGACGCUCCGGCAGCACGGAGCGCCGUUCACCGUGGUGGAGCGGUCCGGUGGCGUGGCCGACCUGUGGACGAACCGCACGUACGACCGCCUCCGCCUCCACCUCCCCAAGGUGUUCUGCGAGCUCCCCCACGUCGCCUUCCCGCCGGACUUCCCCACCUACCCCACCAAGCACGACUUCCUCCGCUACCUCCACUCCUACGCCGCCCGCUUCGCCAUCGCCCCGCUCCUCCGCCGCACCGUCACCCGCGCCUGGUACGACCACCCGGCCUCCCUGUGGCGCGUGACGACGACGACAACGUCGUCGUCGGCGACGUCUGUGAUCACCGAGUACGCGUCGCCGUGGCUGGUGGUGGCGAGCGGGGAGAACGCGGAGGUGGUGGUGCCCAAGGUGAAGGGGAGGGAGAGGUUCGCCGGCGAGGCGCUGCACUCGAGCGAGUACCGGAGCGGGGAGAGGUUCAGGGGCAUGAGGGUGCUGGUCGUCGGCUGCGGCAACUCUGGGAUGGAGAUGUGCCUGGACCUCUGCGAGCAUGGCGCCAUGCCGUUCAUGUCGGUCAGGAGUGGUGUGCAUGUUCUACCGAGAGAGAUGUUUGGGGCCUCGACAUUUGGUAUAGCAAUGAAGCUGUUGAGAUGGCUGCCCAUCAAGAUGGUGGAUAGGUUUCUACUCCUCGUUGCAAGGAUGGUGCUGGGAGACACCGAGAAGUAUGGUCUCAAGAGGCCCAAACUGGGCCCAUUGGAGAUCAAGAACAUCACCGGCAAGAGCCCUGUUCUCGACGUGGGAGCAUGGUCCUUGAUCAAAUCGGGAAACAUCAAGAUAGUACCGGAGGUGGAGUCAUUCAGCGGCAACGGGGCGAGGUUCGUGGACGGCAACGAGAUGGCGUUCGAUGCCGUCAUCUUCGCCACCGGCUACAGAAGCAAUGUCCCCUCCUGGCUCCAGGAGGACGGUGAGUUGUUCACGGAGGAGGGCAAGCUGAGGAGCAGCGGCAGCAGCAGUGAGUGGAGGUGGAGGGGUCCAAACGGGCUCUACUGCGUGGGAUUCUCCGGGCGGGGCCUGCUCGGCGCUGGAGCAGACGCGCUGCGAGCUGCCGCCGACAUCGCCGGGAGGUGGCAGGAGACGCAGCAGGCAGCAGCCAACAUCUCCUCGGUGUAGUCGUCCACAGGCCGGAUCGAGGACGGACGGGACGGACGGUGCAUGCUGCGCUGUGCACACAGGCUCAGCUACCUCAGCUGCUGCUGCUGCUGCUGCUGAUGGCCUCUCGCUCGCAUGCAUGGCAACAUGGCAUAGGUAGCCAUGGCCGGAGUCGCAUGCAUUGCAAAUAUUCCACAGCUCGCGAGCUCACAUCUGUUGCUAGCUAGCGAGCAGCAGCGGCCGGCUGGUGACCAGCGAUGGCGCUGGUGACCAGCAGCAGCGAGCAGAUGCACAGAGAUCAUAUGUAGUCGAUGCAUGGGAGAGGAGGAGGAGGAGGAGGAGGGGUGUGUGUGUACGUGUAUGUGCAGUGCAGGUGGGUUGUGACAAAGUUUUGCAUAGGAUGUUGCUUGUCUGAUGCGCCCCAUGCAAUGCAGAUACGGCUGAAAGAGUGCAGUCGUUUUUUUUGUUUUUAUAA